AUUUAAACCCUUCUUAAAAACUGGAAUAUCUAAUUUUUAAAUUUAGAGUUUAAAAAUAAAAAUGAUUUAAUAGAAAAAAUAGUUUACAAACUUAAAUGACUUUCUAUCCUCUUCUCAUGCAUCACAUACUGACAUAGAAAUAAAUAUAAGCAAUAAUCAUAAUUAUUCUUAAAAUUUUGAUUAUUUAACUUCUGCUCUAUAAAAAUGUACCAAUAUCAAAAAUUUGACACUAUCCUUAAUUAACCUUAAUUUAGGUGAUUAAUAAUUAUCAAAUUUGGGUUUAGCUCUAACAAAUUGCUCUUAAAUUACAACUUUAUCGCUUUAAUUAUGUUAAAAUUAAAUUGGACCAGAAGGUGUAUAGAGUCUAAGUCUUUUAUUAACAAAAUAUAACUCUCUUUCAAGUCUAUCACUAAACCUUGUUGGAAAUAGAAUCUAGCAUUAAGGUAUUUCAGAUAUAGGUUAGGCAUUAGUAAAAUGUACUAAUCUAGCAUUUUUGACACUCAUAGUAGAUUAGAAUUAAAUAGGAGAUGAAGGCAUAUCUAAUUUAGGUUAAGCUUUAGAAAAAUGUAUUAAUUUAACGAAAUUAGUACUUGGUAUUGGUUGGAAUAAAAUUGGGCCAUAAGGUGGAUAAAACUUGAGUUCUUCUUUAGCUAAGUGCUCUCAUCUAACAAGUUUAGAACUUUUAUUACAUAACAAUUAAAUAGGCCCAUAAUGUGUAUCAAAUUUAGGUUUAGAUUUAACAAAUUGUUCUAAUCUCUCCACAUUAAAGCUAAAUAUUAGUAAAAAUAAAAUUGGAUCUUAGGGAGCUUCAGAUCUAUGUGUUGGUUUCACAAAAUUUACCUAACUUAAAACCUUAUCUCUUAACUUAUAAGAUAAUCAAAUUUAAUCUUAAGGUGUUAUAGGUUUAGGAUCUGCCUUAGGAAAGUGUACAAAUAUCUCACAUUUGACUGUUAAUAUAAAUUAGAACUAAAUAAGUGAUGAAGAUAUAAUUGAUUUUGGUUCUAAAUUGUCUAAUUGCACUAAUCUUCAUUUUUUGAGUCUUUUUCUCUGUAAUUUAAAUUUGAAGAGUACAUCAGGUUUAAAUUAAAUUUUAAAAUGCUGUAAUAAAAUUUCAACUUUAACACUCUACCUCAGCAACAAUUUAAUUUGCAAUGAAAAUGUAUCGAGUUUAGGCUUAGCUUUAGCAAAUUGCUCUAAUAUCUAAACUUUGACACUUAAUUUAGAUUAUAAUCAAAUAGGGAAUUUGGGUGCAAAAAAUUUAAUUUCUGGUUUAGUAAAGAGUGCUCAUCUCUUAAAAUCAUUACUUUAUCUUCGUUACAAUUAGGUUGAUGAACUGCAAAAGAAGAAAUUGAAAAAAUAGAUAAUUAAAGCCAAGAGAUUAGUUAUUAAUUUUGCAUUUUUAUGAUAAUAUAAAUAAAAUUAUAUUGUUU